GCAUUUCGUAGUGAUUUUAUUUCUCAACGAUACCAUCAACUGAUCCUUCAAACAAAAAAUUCCAGCUUACCCGCUGACCAUGCAAGGUCUUGUGCAUUACUCUGACGACUCCUCACCAGAGGCACGAGCUGGGCCAUCCCGGCUGAGACAAGAAGGAUUGACAGCUUCACCGGUAGUAAAACACGGCCCAUCAUCAAGAACCAGAAUCUCUUCGGGAGACGUAUUUAACAAGGUCUUCUCAGCGCCGUCCGCGGACUCCAGACCGACCAAACGUCAACGUCAAUCACCACUGGCACUACCACUACCAUCCACUCGCGCACAGCCAUCCAGCCAUUCUUUACCCCAAAACCUCACGCAUACCGCCCAAUCCGAGUUGCCAAAGCCCGAAAGGGGCGCAUCAAAUGGUGUUAAAAAUUCCAUUCUGGACAAGGCGCGUGAACAGGGUUUGAGUGAUGAUGAAAUCUUGAGAAUGGUGAUCACCCCGGCGGAAAUCGAAGGUGAUGAAGACUGGGGUGUCCCCCCCGAAGUCGAUCCGGCGGAGUGUGACCCCAAGCUAAAGGCUAAAGUGGAACAUUUCCUCAAGCUCAAAUAUACCCAAGGAGAACAUAUCAAUACUCGGCUCUUAUCUUCUUCUGCAUUCGCUAACCCUCAUAUAUAUACUAAACUUGUCGAAUUUGUCUCCAUCGACGAACGAGCCACCGCAUUUCCUUCCACCGGCUGGCUCACUCGUCGCGGCCUCGAAUCUACCAUUACCACAUACGGCCCCGCCGCACUCUCGGCAGAGCAGAAACGUAAAGAAGAAGCUGUAAAAGCUACACAAGUACCAGGCGCGAGGAAGGAGAUUGGGUUUGCGAAAGGGAGAUACUCGGAUGAUGGACGUAGGAGGGACCACCAUCAUGAUAGAGAAGGGAAGGAGGCAGACAGACACAGGGAUAGGGAAAGGGAGAGGUACAGAGAAAGGGGAGAGAGACACAAGGAGCGAAGAAGGGAUAGACGAUGAAUUCCUUUAAGAAUGUAUUAUGCAACACCCCAGCAGCACCGGGAAAAUACAUCCCUACUGUUAUACAGCA